GGAGGACGUGCUCGCCGCAUCCCGCGUGCCGGGCCCGCUGCGCGCGGGGCCCGCCGCGGUGGAGCCGCCGAGCCCGGUGCCCUCGCUGCCCACGCCCUCAGGGACGCCUCCCACGGGGGCGCCGCCGGGCCCGUUCGGCAUGAGCCGGCCCUCGCCGACGGUCGCGCCCGCGAGCCCGCUCCCGCUGGCGCAGGGAGACCUGCCCAUGGAUCUUCUGGACCGAGACGACGUGCCGCUGGAGCAGCCGGCGUCCCCGCCGCUCUCCGUGAUCGCCAGCCCCUCGGGUUCUCUGCCGUCUGGUAUGCCCCUCGGCCCCGUGACAGCGCCCCAGGCGGCAGCGAUGAUGCCGCCACCGCCCAACGGCGAGCCAGGCACAGGCGGUCUGUUUUCUGCUGGCGGCGGCCACGCUGGCGGCGGGGCCCGGGCCUACCGCGCCGCGGAGGCCUUCCUCGGCCGCCCAGCAGGCUGGCCGGGCGCGGCCGGGGAAGUGGGGGCCGGCAGCCGCGAUGACCUUCGCUGCCCCGGUACGCCCCUGCUGAAGCGCAACACGUACUGUGUUCGACACGUCCAGGUGAGACACGCUGCGUGUUGGCUCAGCACGUGUUUUCCCCUCCUCCGCCUCCUCCUCCUCCUCCUCCUCC